AUGGAAGGAGCAGCCCAGCUCAUCGACCUGCCGGACGAGCUCAUUCUUCCCAUCUUGGAAGCCCUUUGUCGUCACUGCGACGGUCGAAAUGGCGGGACUUUCCAGGCGGAGCGCGACAAACACACGGCACUCGUCUCAUUCUCAAAGACCUGCUUCCGCUUCCACAAGCUUGCGCGACCCUACCUCUUUCACCAUGUCUGCUUCAAUUAUGACUACCUCGAGAUUCGGGAGCACCCCUGGCUGGGUAUGCAGCACGAGCAAACCUUGUUCAGGCUUUUGCAAAGUUUGGCAGGCGACCAUGUUCCGGACCCCGACGCGUUGAAGGCUGCUGGCAAGCGGAGCCUUGCAAACGGCAUUGACGACUUGGCCGCCUCCAUCAAGCACCUCGAAGUCAACCUGGCCCCCAAUCUGCAUAUUGAUAGUGGCAAGGUCGGCAAGAAAGGCCCCAAAGGUCCGGCCGUUGACUUCGACUGGCUUCCUGAGAUUCUCAACCGGGCCACUAAUUUGGAACAUCUCGAGCUGCACAUGGAGCGUCCCCUGAUCCAGAAUACGUCCUUCACCUACACUAUGAACCGGGAUGGUCGCGCCAAGUACGAUUCAAUCAAGGCGCUCAGCCUCAUCUACCGUGCCGACUGCUACGACCAGACAAGCAAAUUCAGCCUCAGGGACACGUAUUACAUGAUCUUCAACCGCUGCAGCAAUCUUACGACUCUCGAGAUUCACGGAAUGGGAGGCUUGGGCGAUCUAUUCAUCUACGACAUCCAACAGGCCGCCUCUCACGUCACCUCGCAGCUCAAGGUCUUGCGCCUGACGAAUUGUGCCUUGGUGGCCGACGACAUCGAGGUCCUCAUCAGAGACAUCAAGAACUUGGAGAGCUUCACGUUCAGCCGCGGCGACCUCCGCAGAUUCCAGAUGAUUGCUGAGCACGGUCACUACUCCAGGUCCACGCUCAGGUCCCAGAUCUUCCCCGUCAAUCUCAUGGCUGGCCUUACAAAGUUGUCCAGUCACAGCCUGAAACACCUCGAGCUUGGUCCCUUCGAGAUGAAGUUAUGGGAGAGCCUUUGGCACGUCAAUCCCUCUGGAAUUGCGGCCGAAAACCUCCAGAACGUUCGAGCAGCCGUUAUUCCUACCCUGCGUUCCUUCGAAAAGCUCGAGCAUGUCCAGCUUGCCCAAGACUCUAUCCUCGGCGUCCCCAACAUGUGGACCUCUCGCUUUGCUAUUCCUGAGGUGUGGCCAGGUGACAUAGCUACAGAGGAGCAACUCGGUUUGCGUCGUGUCGACACCAGCUUGCCUGAUCCCGACGGCACUCGGCUAGUCGACAUGCUUCCGCGCACCCUCAAGCGCCUUCGUCUUACCCGUGUCAACAAUAACCUGGCAGCCAGUCUGCUCACCUUUGCAUCUGCCGUCGCAGACGGAGAGUUCCCUGCGUUGAAGGAGGUGUCUCUACACGGCCAGGAUCCCCUCAUGGAGCGUUGUCGCUACGGCUCCCGCUUCCAGAUUGAACUUCUUUUUGCUCUCGAGCGGCACUGGGAGUCUUUGAAGAACCAUGUCCUGGAGAAGAUGAAAGACCUUCUCGAGGGAGCUGGUGUCAAUUUCUACUGGGAAGCGAUGGAAACCAAUCGCCCUGCCGAGGGAUGGCCUGGCAACCCGAUGCUGUAG